UUGGUUUAACCCAGGCCUGGACCCUCAGCGACUCAUGAGCUUAUAGGAAAACAGGUUUAAACAAGUCGUAGACAUAUACACUGGUAAUUUCUAUGCUUCAUUUGUUUAAAUUAUGUGUUUAAUUUAAUGGCCUCAAACAGUUUGUUUGUAGCUGGCGCUAGAACUGCUGAAAACGUUUAAGUCGAGCGAAUGUUAGCGGAGUUAGCUCACGUUAGCUAACGUCAUUAGAAUCCGAAUCACGAUAAUGUUGUGUUAAAGCAAGUCAUGUCUUCCUUCGGGACGUUCUAUCAUUCAUGAGUCAUUUGUAGUGUAUACAAAUUUGAGCUAUUUAGGCUAGUCACAACAAACGGAGGUUUGUUUUCAGCAAAGCUAACACGGCUCUGUUGUAGAACGGCUUUGUUAGCCACUUAGCUAUUUAACAUUGUAUGUAUGGAUUGUUACCUCAUCUACACUGCCUCGCCAAAAGGUCACCCUAAAAAUCUAAUAAUCAAGAGUGUUUGUUUUACAUGUUUAAGGUGUUAACAUUUCUAAUCCCAACUUGUGGCUUCUCAUUUCUUAAACAAGAAUGUUGCAAGAGAUCCCAUGGUCGUGCAAAAGAUAUUACUGGUUCAGAAGGAUCGAAUUAUUGGCUUGCAUUCAGAGAAAAACAGCUAAAUGUUUCCUGGAAGUGGGUUAAAAAUUGUCCAACGCCAUAUGGAAAUCUGCAAGAAUGAUCAUAAGGAUGAUGGGAGAGCACUUAAACGGUACAUAGUGUAUUACAGCUAUGGUUAGUAGUGGAAGAGCAUCUCUUUGUGGACAAUGCAAUGAAGGAUUGGGGGCCACAAGAAAACCACUUGCAAGUCAGGCUGUUUAGAUAACAGCCUUCAUUUUAAUAUAAAUAUUGCAUGUGCGGAGAAGACAGUUAUUUGACUCUCAUUAUCAUUACAAGAACUUGACCCAAAGUCAUUCCUAUCUGGAUAGAAAUGAACGUUGUGAAAUUGCAUAAAAUUGUCAAAACAGUGCCACAAUAAAUACAUGAUGCAAUCAGAGCUAAAAGCAGUCUCAAAAAAAUAUGUGGGGGCCAGUUUUUUGGCCAGGCAGUGUAUAUUAUCUGUGGGUCUUCCCUAGCCCUUUCGGUUUCAAAGUAAGAGUGCGUAUUUAACUACAGCAGCUGCUCAGAAACAUAAAUGCAUGUCGUUGCUACUUUUGCAUUGAUUUUAGUUAAAUAUUAGUAAUUGAAUAAGUUGUUUAUUUUAUGUUCUUGUUAUAGUAAUGCUUCAGGAAAUCAUUCUAGGAAAUGUUCUAUGAAAAAAUACAUUCUAAAUUGUAAACAUGAUACCCAUUCUGUGGUAUUAAAACUGACCAUUGGUCCAACACAAUAAUUGUUUAGUUGAAGGCCUAGGCAUACUUGAGUCAGAGCGUACUUUAGUACAGGUUGUUAAACAAUGUCUUUUUCAGCUUCUGAAGCUAAAAUAUAACAUUCUUUUGUGAGCAUGGCACUUGAAAGUGUACUUGAAUCAUAUUUUAUUAAUUUCUCACUCAUAUACCCACUUUGUGAAGUGUGUGGGGAGUGUUUUGUUUUCUUUUUAAAGGUUGUGCAGGAAUUUCUUCUACAGCCCUGGUGAUAACUGGAUUUGGAUAGAGGCCAACCAGUGGAGAAAUAUCUCUGAAGAUUAUCCCCACACAAUUUUUCCCCCCUUCACAUUGGAUCAUUUUUUUUUUUUUCACUUAAAAAAAAAUUAUCGUUUAGAUAUCCACCUCUAUUUAGAGUCCCACAGUGGGUGUGAAGAAAUAGAAGACCAGUUUCACAUACACACAUGCACACACAUGCAACCACACAUUUACACACACAAACGUAUAUAUACGCCUUCAAGAUUUUUGUUUCCACUCUCCCUGGCUUUCACCUUUGAUGUUUAGCCUGAAGAUUUUUGCGCUUUCACCAAGCAGUUGUUUUUAAUUGAGGAAUAGAAAAGGACAUUUCACCACGAUAUUACUUGUUAAAAAGCAGUCUAAGAUGAGCAGCUUUGUCAGUGACGAAAGCCUCUCGCGCACCUGUUAACUCUUAACUCAUCGGUCAAGUCUUCCUUCAGGACCAUUACAGUUUGGAGACAACCCAGGAGACGUACCCCUGGUGGAGACGUCAUAUCCGCUGCAGGGAAAGUCUAGAGGUCUAAGUAGCAGCACUUGAAGAGUUCCUGACCAGCAAGUGUAUUCCCAGACCAUGACCAGCAUGAACAAUAAGGGAGAUGAUUGCUAUUUCUACUAUUAUUCUACGUGUACUAAGGGUGAUGCUUGCCCUUUUCGACAUUGUGAAGCUGCCAUGGGUAAUGAAACUGUCUGCAGUCUUUGGCAGGAGAAUCGUUGCUUUCGCAAUAUAUGUAAAUUCCGUCACAUGGAAAUAAAGAAAAACCGCAAAGAAAUUCCAUGUUAUUGGGAAAAUCAGUCAAGUGGAUGCCAAAAGUAUCAUUGUGCUUUUCACCAUGAGAAGCCACGUUUCAUUGAUGGCUGUUUUGUUGCCCCAGACAAAGGGCCUGUAGUAAAGAAGGAAACGGAGGAAGAAGCCCCGACAGAUGACCAUGUUUCGUCUGCUUCUGCCAACAUUUCCACCACCACCAACCCACAACUCAGAGGGGUCAUCAAGGUGGAGACUCAAGAAAGCGUCCCCAGUCCCACACACCCACCAGUAGUCAUUAAUCCUGUGGAUGAUGAGGAUGACGAAGAUGUAGAUCAGUUUUCUGAAGAGGGAGAGGAAGCAUCUGGUGUCUCUCCAAAGAAACAGCUGAGCUCUAACAGAGAUGAGACACUAAAUUUUGGUAUUAAAACACUGGAGGAGAUCAGACUGAUGAAAGCUCUGAAGGCUAGUGUAAACAGACCAGGACAUCCCUAUUUGCAAGACCCUAAUGAGUUCUCCUCAACAAAACAGAAUACUGACAGGUCUGGCAAAGAGAAGCAAAUCAUUCAGUCUGUCACACAGGCAGCAGUUUUAACUACCAGAGGUUCUCGUGGUAUAAUGGAGCCUGGUAAAAGGAAAAUUACUGACAGGCUUGGAAAAAGAUUGGAAGAAGACAUCCUUGUGGAAGGUGGUAUAUGCCUGAAAGGGUCCCUUGCUAAGCGCCUUGGUGGAUUUGUUGACCCUGAAAGCACUAUGCCUACACAAAAAGAUAAAACUCUGAGAUCAGUGCAUGAGAGACUUGGAAUAACCUCUGAUAUCACUACACCCAAGUCCCCAAACAAUGAGCCAAAGCCUUCUGGUGAGAUCCGAAUCAAAACUCUUGAGGAGAUUCGCAAGGAAAAGGCUGCUAAAUCUCAGAACCUAGGCGAAAGUGUUGCAGCCGUCACUGAGGUCUCCACAAAUGCACUAAAUUCCAGCAUGAAAGUAAAUAAGCCUGCCAGCAUUCCUAGUUUAAAGACUUUCUCAGAGAUCCUGCAUGAGAAGAAAAAACUAAAGGACAUAAAGGUGGUGCCUCAGCAAGGUAGCAACAGCACUGAGAAAGAGGGGCCUACAAACACAGGAGUGCUCAAACUUACCGCCCAAGCAGCAGAGAUCAGAGUCAAGACGCUCGAUGAGAUUCGUAAAGAAAAAGCUGCCAGAAUGCAAGCGAAGUCUCAGGACAUCACAAAUGAUGAUGCACCAGGUUCGAGUGAUGCAUCCCGAAAAAGACGAAUUCCUUGCAGUGGCAGGACUGGAUCAGCUAUCAGCGCAAGAGUUCAAAAAGUGCUUGAUUCUGAGAAGGUGGAUUGCAUUGAACAGUCCACUGCAGCCAAUGGAAAGACUAACAGCUCCGUUCAAGAUGUAACAGUAAAGACCUUCGACGAGAUCAUGAAAGAGAAAAGACUUCGCAAGCAGCAGCAGCAGGAGGGGGCUGCAACUCCUGUUGAGCCAGAGGAAGCUGCCCAGAAACCAGUCCCGAUAAUUUGUGAAAAAAAGCUUCCUGCUAUCAGACCAGGAAUCAUCCAAAGCAAAACAAAUUUGUCCAUACAGCAAGACAGUAGAAAUCAGUCCUCCUCUCCUGUCCCGUCCGGAGCACCACGGAGGAAGUCUCCAGAGAUUCAGAACAAGGAGAAUUCUCUUAACAUUUGUCCUAAAAAAUCCAAGUCAUCCUCCUCAAUGGCACUUCCAGUGGAUGUUUCCGAGAUAGCAGAUUCUUCAGGCCAACACUCACAUGAGCAACAACUGGGGGAACCACAGGCUGUCACUAAGAUACCCCCAAGCAAAACAUCUGAAUUGAAAGUGAGGCCCAAACUGAAUGUAAAGCCAUCAGUAAUGAAACCAGCUGCUCAGGUGAAACCUGGGCAGAAAAGGAAGGCUGCAGGCAUUCAUUGCUCUGCUGUUGCUGAAGUAAAACCUCUUAAUUCUCUACCUUCACCUGGUGUUGAGCCACCUAGUAAGCGAUCUGAGUUGUCUGCAUCGUUGUGCAGUUUGGAAGUUGAAGCCGGGGAGCAGCAGGUAUCGUCAUCUGCCGAGCAGUACUCGCCUGAGAUUCCUCCUGUUCCACAAAGCCCUGUCAUUAAGACUCCCUCUCGGACACGUCGGGCAAGUUUGGCUUCUGCACGUAGCACUGCUCCUACAGCAAACUCCUCUAUGGAUGAGUUUGAUGACCUGCUGGAUGAAUUCACUGAUGAUCGGCUGGAGGAUGAACUUGAGCUGGACCCAGGCAAAGGCGAGGAUGACCUCUUGUUGGAGCUUUCUGAGAUGAUUGACAGCUAAACUCAGGGAAUACUUCUUUUCAUUCACUAAAUCAUGUAAAGCUAUUUGUCAUCAAUACCAUGACUUCAGCUGGGGAAUAAAAAAAAAAAACUAUUUUAAACAUGGAUUAAAAUGUUUUAUUUUUACUGUUGUUGAAAUGUUAGUUUACCGUUUAGGUUUCUGCUCUGUUUUUCAAUAUUUAAAUGUUUUAAAUAUUGCAUAUUUGCAUAUAUUUUCACAGUAAUUCAUGUCAAUAUUAAUGGCUGUUGUAAAAAUCUUAAAUCUAUUGAGCCAUUAAAUUAUAACCUGCUGAUCAAUUCUUAUUUGAUCCCACUGUACAUUUAUAGCUUGUUUAUUGUACCUGAUUUGCUGAGUAAUACAAAGAACUUGCAGCAAAUUGUGUAAUAUUUAUGCAGAAAGUGUUUUGUAUACCAUGUAUGCUUUUUUGAGCUAAGAAAUAAUGCAGGAUCAGGAAGAAAAGUGAUGUCCUAAUCAUCCAUGCUCUGGUACAUCCUAAUUCAUUUCCAUCAUUUUAAACUGGAUUUGAUAAUGUUUAAUGACUAGACUGAUAAUAUUAUUUUACUGAAAAGUUAGUGUGAUAUUAAAAUAGUGUCUUGAAUUUAUGAAUGGAUGGUAUAGAUUUAUUUUCAAUCUUUGGGUGUUUGUCAAAUAUAUUAUAUAUUGUAUGUAUUUUGCUCUGCAUUUAAGCUUAUGUUUAAACUGUUAUUCAUAUUUCAUGUCCAAGUUAUUGAUGAGCAAUUGUUCCUCUUUCAUUCUUUGACUUUUUUUUUUUUUUUUUUACUGUUUGUAAAGGUUCUCAGGGACUGUUACCUUUCCAGAUAUUUUUACCCGUGGUAGAUUUAAGUACUUAUUCAGAUAGUCAUUGUCUCUGCAUUGUUUGUAGUCAAGAUGACUCGCUUAACCUAUGCUUUUACACAGGAAGUUAUAUCUGGCAUCUACAUCAUGGUUGGUUUAUUUGCAGCUUUGUGAAACACUUAAUCAAAAACAUUUUCUGUAAAAAAAAAAAAAAAAAAAUUCUUUGACAUUUUUUGUUUAUUCUUGAUUUGCAGUUGAAUCCAAAUUAAAAUUGUUGCCUUCCAGAGCA